AUGGAAGAGAAAUUCCAGGCUGCUGUAAGUAUUGUCCAGAAAAUGCCAAAAACUGGUCCAAUGGUACCAACAAAUGAUGAAAAACUUAUGUUUUAUUCUCUGUACAAGCAAGCAACAGAGGGUAAAAAUAAGAAUGCACAACCAAAUUUCUUGCAUUUCCUGCAGAAAGCAAAAUGGGAGGCAUGGAAAAAAUUAGGUGAAAUGUCAUCAGAUGAAGCAAAAAAAAAAUAUAUUGAUCUGGUAAAGCAAACUAUCAACGAGAUGUCGAGAACGAUGAAUGUAAGCGAAUGGCUUCAACAAAUUGAUCCAACGCUAUCAGAGAAACUUGAUCUGAUUAUAGCAGAAUAA